CUUGAUGAAAAUAAAAUGCUUGCAUGUGAUUUUCUACUCUGUUUUACUACCCUAAGUACGCAAGUGCAAAGCUGUUCUGGCCCUCGGCUUCCUCUGAGUAACAGAAGCAGAUCUCGAAGACCACGCUUUUGCGGACUGCAUGUAUGCUGUACUGCAUGCGCCAAACGGCCAAAAAUACGUCAUGACCGCCAUGUUUUAGAUGUCGUUUUACGUUUUGUGAUUAGCCAAAUUUAUGUUGGCAACACACAACACUGUCAUCCAUCGACCCAUGGUUGCUACGGCCGCUACGGCUAUCUUCGCGCCGCACAACAAACAUGCCCGUUACCAUGCUCAUUUCUUAUCCGAACUGUGCUUAAUGCGUUGUGCUUGCUUCCUGCUCCUUAUAUCCCGCUCGAAUUCAUAUUGCUUAGGCUUUCAAAAUGUUUAAAAAUACUUUUCAGAGCGGGUUUUUAUCAAUACUCUACAGCAUCGGCAGCAAACCACUUCAAAUCUGGGAUAAGAAGUCUUCACCAUUCACAGGUUAGAAAUGGACACAUCAAAAGGAUCACGGACAACGAUAUCCAGUCCUUCGUGCUCGAAAUACUGGGCACGAACGUCAGCACAACUUUCAUCACGUGUCCCGCUGACCCUCGGAAAACGUUGGGCAUUAGACUUCCUUUUCUCAUCAUGAUCGUGAAGAAUAUGAAGAAGUAUUUUACAUUUGAAGUUCAGAUUUUGGAUGACAAGAAUGUUCGUCGGCGCUUCCGCGCGAGCAACUUCCAAAGCACAACUAGGGUAAAGCCCUUCAUCUGUACUAUGCCAAUGCGUUUGGAUGAAGGCUGGAACCAAAUUCAAUUCAACCUGGCAGACUUCACACGCCGUGCCUAUGGGACGAGUUACGUAGAAACAUUGCGAGUGCAGAUCCAUGCAAACUGCCGUAUCCGACGGGUGUACUUUGCAGACCGGCUCUAUUCUGAAGAUGAGCUGCCUGCAGAAUUCAAGUUGUACCUGCCAGUCCAAGCUAGAGCUAAAGUUUGAAGUUCUUUGCAAUGACCAUGAACAGUCGUAUCGUCAUGUACAGCUCUCAUUUUGUCAUUUAUUUUUUUCGCACGUACUUUGUACAGCGGCUACUGUGUAUAUUACUAGCUUGUGAUCAGUAAUUCACAGCAACACAUACAUUUAUUAUUGGAUGUGUUGCUUAUUACGGAUGCAUUACUACUUUGAUGUGUUGCUGCAAUUAUUUUUCAAUACCCAUUUAGGGGUCAAUUCACGACAUUAUUCUGGCCCAGAAAAGGGGUCUGACUUUUCAAAAGACUGAAUAAACAUUGCACUAAUGGUUUCAAA